AGCUCGUCCAUUCGAUUUCGCGUCCCCUCGCCGGCGCCGCGCGCCGGGGAAGCCGCCUGGGCCAUGCCGCAGUUCAGCUUGGAACAGGUCAGGAGCAUCAUGGACCAAACUGAGAAGAUCCGCUCUCUGAGCAUCAUCGCCCACGUGGAUCAUGGCAAGACCACCCUGGCGGAUUCCUUGGUCUCUCGCGCCGGCAUCAUCUCCACGAAAGCGGCUGGGGACACCAAGUUCACCCACGGGCGCAAGGAUGAGCAGGAACGUGGCGUCACCAUCAAGAGUACCGGUGUGACCUUGUGCUUGGAGCACGACCAGGGAGAUGGCCAUGGACAGCAGCCCUACCUGGUGAAUCUCAUCGAUUCCCCUGGCCACGUGGAUUUCUCCUCCGAG